CGGACGGACAGUGAAGGACUCAACGGAGUCCUUACACUUUUUUUUUCUAGUUCCGCCAACAAACUAGCAGAAUUUUUAAAUUUAUUGACGCUACCUAUUUGACUUAUCCGACUCAUUCCGAACAAACUUCUCCAACAUUGUCUUACACUGCUCCGCUGCAAUCCUUCUCGACAGUCUGAAUCUCAUUGACUUACUCAAUCUUGUUACCUAACACGCCAAGCCUCAGUUUUCCACUCCUCAACAUCCGACUCAGUUUGAUUCGUGACUUUGGUCUCCAUCCGAUCUCGUUCCUUCUUGGACCUCAACCCCAAUUAAAUCAAAAAUCCGUCAUUUUCUUAAAAAUGCAACAAGAAUCCUUUAAACGGUUCCCCAACAAGCCAUCUGACGUUUAUGGAACACGCAUCAAACACUUAGAGGAUGUAGUACGCCUCCUACUAGCUAGAAUGGAACCACUUCAGCCCCCCUUGAAAGACUCGGCUCCCCUGGUCGGCUCUUUCCGAUAUUCAAUCAAGCGAGGCCUUGUGCCUGUUUUGUCCAACGAGACAUCGUUAUCGCUAACGACCGGCUGGCGGAUUGGGCGAUCAAUCGGGCAGGUAAAUUUCAGUUCCCCGCCUGGUCGACCCAAAUUUGGUUCAACUUUCAAGCCUCCAAGCCUGCAAAAUCACUCGAUCAUCACCCAGAGUUCAUCUCCGGACUCAGCCAAGUCGUUUGCACCGGGGCCGCUGCUAUCACGAUCGACGACGCCCUCUGACCCCCCGCCGCAUUGCCAGAAGCGACCAAUCCACCGUGCAUCGGCACUCUCAAUCAGCUCGUCAUCACCAGCGUUGCCGCCAUCAAGAUCGUCUACAACCCCUACAAACUCGGCGCCAUCCUCUUCUCCUCCCACCCGCUCACUCUCGACUCCUCCUCCGCCCUCGUCUAUCUCAGCGUCACCCACCACCUCCUCUUUGACCGACGCAGUCGUUUCGCUUGGAAUUACCAAAACCACCACCGUUCUUGUUCACAGCGCUGAUGCCCUAGCCUCAACCACCGUCACCCAAGCACUGCCUCCUGUUAGCGCAAUUGUCGCUGAAACUCCAGCUAGCAAAUUGACUUUACACUCCUCAGUCACCCCACCCAGCCACAACUCUCAGAUUGUAGUUGCUGACGAUCAGACUCAAGCUCCGAGCCAAACGACCUCUUUCAAUAACAAUAGCCCCAUUGAAGUGCAUGAACCGUUGUCGACUUCAUCCGCUGACGAUGCCACUGCCACCACUACUGCAAUCUUACCUACUGCUGAUCAAACUAUAGCAGACCUCCAUCCUCACUCUGAUCCUCGAUCACACCGUGAUUUUGCUGGUCAUCAAAUCUCAUCUUCCCCAAUCUCUGACAACAUGAUUGCUCCAUCAGACCUUACAACUCACCCUUCACCUACCCCUUUAAGGACAGCCACCCGACCUGAACCAAUCCCUGAUCCUCUUCCUACUUCAGUCCACCCAACUUCCCAAAACUGCCCUGACAACCUUGAUGUAGCUGAAGUAGUAUCCCUAGCUGUUGAAAAAGAUGAUGGAGCUCUUAUUGAAACCCAACUAGCUCCGGAAUAUUCAAGCACAACUAUAGAAUACUACAACAACCUUGAUGAUUACCUCAAACUCUCUGGUGUAAAUGAGACCAAGAAAAAGAAGAAGAAUAAAAAGAAGAAGACAACCAUUAAUUCUGGAUCUGACUUCUCCACCACUUCAUCUCCCCAACUUGUUGACACCCCCAAUACUUCCACCAAAUUAUUACCAUCACCGCCUGUUAAUGAACCAACCGCUGCCAUAGGGGCCUUGUCUAUUAUUAGGGAAGAAGCCUUGGCUGCUCUGGAAAGAAAGGGCGACCCCCGCUACCGCCCAAUUGAAGAUUCAGAGUUUAUUGGAUUAGAUGAAUGCAAUGACAGCCCGACUUCAACUCCCAACAACCCUACUUCAGCUCCCGACAACCCAAUUUUAUUUUAUGUUUGA